UAACAACGUUUCAUCUUCUUCCUCCUCGUUCCAAUCUCUCUCUCUGGUCUUCAUCAUCAAAUCAAUCUUCUUCAUUCUCAAGAGAAGAAGACCAAACACAAAGAUGACAGAUCUCUAUGUUUCUCUAUUCAUCUCAAACUAUUCUCCAACUCCGAUUCAAAAGGUCGUCUCCUUGGUCUCUCGAACCGGACGAGAUUUACAACGCUACGAUACAACUGGGUAUCGUCAGGUCGUCGGAUGCAUACCGUAUAGAUACAAGAACGAUGGAGAGAUUGAAGUUUUGUUAAUAAGUGCACAGAAGAAAGGGAAAGGGAUGUUGUUACCAAAAGGUGGUUGGGAGAUCGAUGAAUCAAUAGAAGAAGCAGCGUUAAGAGAGACGAUGGAGGAAGCUGGUGUAACGGGUCAUCUCGAAGAGACGCUUGGGAAGUGGCAAUACCAAAGCAAAAGACAUAGUAUGGUUCAUGACGGGUUCAUGUUUCCUAUGCUCGUUAGCGAGCAGUUUGAGCAGUGGCCUGAGUCGGGAUUCAGACAAAGGAAGUGGGUUUGUUUGUCUGAAGCGAUUGACUUAUGUCAGAAUUGGUGGAUGAGGGAAGCUUUGGAUGCUUUCAUUGACCGGAAAUGUCUAUGAUGAUGAUCUUGGAUGGAUGGAUGGAUGGAUGGAUGAUGUAUAAAGAAAAGACUUUUGAUUGUUCUAAAGCUUUCAUGGGGGAGUUUUUGAAGAGCAGAUCAUGUUUAAGUCUUUUGAUUUGAUUUAUUCAUUGGUUAGAUAGGUAUUUAGAUAGAAAAAAAUUCAUUUUAAUUGUUUGAAUAAUGUUUGGGCUUCCUGUAAUCUGCAACUGUGUAUAUAAAUAAAUUGGAUGAUCAAAAUAAUAUAAAUUGUUAUUCAUAUU